AUGGAACUUUCUAAAUAUGCUGGGUUGAGUUCAGAACGUUUGGAUUGUUUAAGGAAUUUGGAUAUCAGAAAGAAGUCUAUUUAUAACGGUUCAACAUUUUCUUGUGGUAAUAAUAUUUAUGAAAUAUUACAUAAUUAUUCUGAUGGAAAAAAAGAAAAUAAGAGUGAUGAAGUUUGUGUAGCUCAUGAAUAUAAAAAUUCUCAAAGGAAUAUAAAAUUUGCUGGUUUAGAAUCUGAAAUAAAGAAUGAUAUAAAUAUAAGGAAUAGAAGGGUAAAAAAUGAUAUGAAUUAUCGUAAUGACAAUUUAAAGGAUAUUUUACAAAAUAAUAUGAAUGAACACAACUUAAAUAAUUCAAAAUAUUUUCUUUCUGACAAAGGUUAUGUAUUAACCCCAAAAAGAUGUUUAGCGAGACAUGUAGAUGAUAGUGAAAUUAAUAAAUAUUUUUCUACGAAGUAUGCUGUAACAGAUUCAUCUACUGGAAGGACAGAAAUUAUGGUAGAGAGAAAACCAGGGUGUUCCAAUAUUAUUGUUCAGAAUUUUUCUGAAUUUGAUGCUUAUGGAACUUAUAAAAAGAAGGAUGAGAGGAUAAACAGAAGGGACUCAUUUGUCCACACUAAAAUGGGUAUAGUACCUAGGGAUGGAUCUUGUUUAGAUAACAACAAAUGCAAAGCCCAAGCUACCUUCACACAUAUUCACAGACGUGAUAAUAUAGCUCCAGAUAAUUAUUGGUUAUGUCCUACAAUUGAAAGUGAUAAAAAGAACAAGACUAGACAUUGA